AUGCAAUCUGUUUCAGUCAUUGUUGCUUAUAGGGGAAAAUGGAGUCUAGAAAACCAAUAUACAAAUUUUGGUUUUCAAUCAGUUUUUAUUCCAGAGGAUCCUUCUUUGAAGUUUUUACAGGAGUGUUUAUGUGAGGAGCUGAAUCUUGAGUUGUUUGGUUUUAAUGCUGGUGUUCAUUCUUUAUUACUUUUUAUGGGAAGGAAGUUGAAGGACCCAAUUGAAAUUGUUUCGGACCUUAAGAGGGAUGAUGAUGUUAAGUUGUUUUUAAACUUGGUUCAACACAGUAAGGAAGCUCUUGGGAUCCCGUUGGUAAUAGAUUUUGUUAGUGGCUCCGUUAGUGUAGUGGGAUCUAUUUCUUCUUCCUCUUGUUUUAUUAGUUCAAGAGAUGAGGCGUCAUCUUCUAAUGUUGAUGGUUCCGUUUGUCAAUUUGAAGAUGAUAUUGAUGUUGCGAUGAAUAAUUUUUUGAUUGAAGAUUUGGAUAUUUCAAAGUUACCUAUGUCGUUUGAUGUGAAUGUAGGCAAUCAAUUCAUGAGCAAGUCGUUUCUUAAGAAAUUCAUGCAUGCAGUGAAGAAGUAUAUUAAGGAACAUUCUUGUUCACUUGAUGUUGCUAGUGCUGAGCAUCGUCAAGCAAAUAGUCGUUUACUACAAAGCGCGAAUGGCUCGCCGAUAUGCGUUAGCAUCAAUGAGAGGAAGUGCAGUGGAGUCGUAUGCAUCCCUUCCUUUCUGUGCAAUGUUUUCAAGGAGAGUAAACCAGGAUCUGUGACUUCUUAUGAGCUUGACAAUGAUGGGCGGUUCAAGUAUUUUUUUUUGUGCUUGGGGGCUUCUAUUCAUGGUAGGCGCCAUUGUAGGCCUGUGAUCUCAGUUGAUGGCACUUUUUUGAAGAAUGAGUUUUCUGGGACCUUGCUUCUCUCUGCAGUUUUAGAUGCUAAUAAUCAUAUUUUUCCGCUUGGUUUUGCAAUUGUUGAUUUGGAGAAUGACUCCUCGUGGGAAUGGCUUUUUGAAAGGCUUAAGGAGGCCAUCGGAACUCGUGAAGUGCUUGUUAUUGUUUCUGACCGAAAGAGUAGUAUCCCUAAAGCAGUUGAGAAGGUAUUUCCAGAUGCAUCUCAUGGAUUUUGUAUGCACCAUCUACUUAGAAAUUUGAAUUCAAAUUUUAAAGGUGUGCAUGUGGAUGCUAUAUUCUAUUGUUGUGCCAAGGCAUACCCUAAGGAAGUCUUUGGUUACUUCAUGCGUCAAUUGGAGGCAAUUCGACCAGCUAUUCAAAAUUAUUUGCUGCAAGUAGGGGUUGAAAAGUGGGCACGUGCUCACUUUGAGAGGAAGAGAUAUGAUGUCAUGACGACUAAUAUCUCCGAGUCGUUGAAUAAUGUCUUAGUGAAUGCUAGGGAGUAUCCUGUUAAAGCUUUAAUUGAGCAUUUCAGAUCCUUCUUGCAAAGAUGGUUUUAUGAGCGUCGUAAUAAGGCGGAUCAGACUUUUACAUACUUGAGUAAACAUGCAACUAAAUGCCUUCGUGAUAGGGAAAAGAUUGCACGUUGCUUAUCUGUUCAACCCAUUGAUAUCAAUAAGUAUUAUGUUGUUGAUGGUUUAGUUGGUGAGAUGGUUGACUUGGUAGCAAGAACAUGUAGUUGUCUUGUUUGGAAAGCUGAUGAAUUUUCAUGUCCACAUGCUAUUGCAUCGAUUUGGAAAAGAAAUCUUGAUCCAGCACAUUUUACUUCCUACGAUUACACCAACAAUGCAUUCAAAGCAACAUAUGAUGCUGCAAUCUAUCCUAUUACUAAUAGAUCAAAGUGGCAAAUUUCAGAGGGCAGUGAGGUGGAGGUUGUUCUUCCUCAUAAGUUUAAACGUGGUGCUAGGAGGCCAAGGAAGCAAAGAAUUCUUUCUAGUGGAGAACGAGAGAAGCAAUCUGUGAAGUGUAGUCGAUGCAAGCAAGUUGGCCACAAUAGGAAGACUUGUCCAAACCCCACAUUUGUUGAUAUGAACUGA